AUGAUGCACAGAAACGCACUAGAAGCUGUUGACAAGACAUUGAAGUUCUUAAUGGAUGAUUCAGAUAAAAUAUUUGGAGGGAAAACUGUAUUACUUGGUGGAGAUUUUAGACAGGUUUUACCUGUAAUUCGUGGAGGAACAAGAGCAGAUAUCGUCAGUGCUUCAAUAAACAGGUCGCGCCUGUGGAGUCAUUGCCAAGUGUUCAAAUUAACAAUCAAUAUGCGUAUAAGGAACAAAGAUGCUGAUACAGUUGAGCUUCAAAAGAUAAAAGAAUUUGGUAAAUGGGUACUUGAUCUUGGUGAUGGUAAACUACCAACAACAUCUACGAAAGAGGGAGAAGAACCAACAUGGAUUAAAAUACCGGAGGACCUUUUGAUACCAUCACUCCAUGAUCCUAUUCAACAAAUUGUGAACAACACUUUCCCUAAUAUGCAACAAAGCUUAGAAGAUAUGAAUUACCUUAAUUCCAGAUGUAUCCUUUCUCCGAAUAACGAAUUUGUUGACGAAGUAAAUUCUUAUAUCGUUUCAACGAUACAGUCUGAAACAAGAACAUAUUUUAGUGUUGAUUCCAUCAGUCCUACAUCGGAAGCAAUAGAGAAUCAAGAUAUUCUAUUCCCAGUUGAAUUGUUGAAUUCACUGAAGAUUUUUGGAUUCCCAAAUCAUGAAUUAGAGUUGCGGGUUGGUGUUCCCAUCAUGCUUCUAAGAAAUUAUAACCAAAGUAUGGGGCUUUGUAACGGCACAAGGCUUAUAGUCACUAAAUUGGCAGCAUGGAUUAUAGAAGCUAAAAUUAUUACUGGAAACAACAUUGGCAAGAACGUAUUAAUCUAUAGAAUAAUAAUGGAGACAACUGACACUAAGUGGCCAUUCAAACUAAGAAUGAAACAAUUCCCUAUCAAGGUUUGUUUUGCCAUGACAAUCAACAAAAGUCAGGGUCAGACUUUAGAACAUGUGGGUGUUUAUUUUCCCAAGACUGUAUUCUCUCAUGGCCAGUUAUACGUUGCUGUCUCUAGAACAACUUCUUGCGAAGGUCUCAAAUUUCUAAUUGUCAACAAGGAAGGUGAACAAGAGGGUUACACACAAAAUAUUCUUUACCAAGAAGCAUUUAAUAAUUUUCCUUAG